AUGGCAGCCUUUUCAUAUGACAAACACAAUUCUUUUCGUCUCGACUCUUCUCUCAUGUUCUUGAUUUCUGAUACUACAGAUCAAUCAGUGCAUGAUUUUUACAAACCCUACCUUUCUCCACAUGAUCAAGCUGAUCCGACGGCGGAGGUCUUGUCCUCUGCGAAUACAAGCACUGAUAGCAAUAUUAUGACAAAAAUUAGCACAAGCAUUCGUAAUUCUAGUUCAUCUCCGGUGAGUGCUAAGUAUGAACAAGUAACUAAUCCCAUGGCGAAGAGGAAGAACAAUUUCCAACAACCUCACUCCAAGGUGAAAGGCAAGAAGCCGAAGAAUGAAACUAGUAGUGACAAUGUUGACGAAGGUAGUAUCAGUCUGAGAACAGAAGUGAAGCAGGAUAAGCGGAGGGGUCGAAGAUCUGCGGAUAAUGAUAAGAAGAAGAAGAAGAAAAGUUGUGGUGCAGAAGGAAGAAGAAAUUCAGCUCCGACUGGAUAUGUUUAUGUUAGAGCAAGGAGGGGGCAAGCUACAGACAGUCACAGUCUCGCUGAAAGGGUCAGGAGAGAGCAAAUCAGGGAGAGGAUGGAGCUACUGCAAGCUCUUGUACCUGGUUGUGAUAAGAUUGCGGGUAAAGCUGUUAUGCUGGACCAUGUUAUUAAUUAUGUGCAGACUUUACAAAAUCAAAUCGAGUUCCUGUCAUUGAGGAUUGCUUCGUCUGAUCCCAUGUUUAAUGACUAUGCUUAUGGAAUGAACUCCAGUGCGUUUGUGGUCGAACCAGCGAUACAAAACGAGGUCAGUAACAGAAAUUAG